AUGCGUGCCUGGGCUGAAGAGGUGGAUGAGGAAGAAGCAAGCUCACCCAUCUUCGAUGAGGCCACUGGCCAGUACCGAGCGAAUGAUGGCGUGUGGCAUGAGGGCAUAGAAGUGGAGAGGGGAAUCUCCAAGCAGCGAAUUGACACGCGUCAUGGCUUCUAUCGCAGCAUCGUGCGAAACCAGCAGCAAAGAGAUGAGUAUGAGCAGUCCUGGCAAGAUGCGUACAAGGAAGCUGGCCCCUUUCAGCAGCGCUGGGGAGUGGGUGUGAAGGUUGACGAGAGUGGGAUGAGGUGGAGCCAGGUACCCGAGUCCGAAGAGAAGAUCUGGUGGCGCCGUCCUGUGGACAUCGCACAGUCAGACACGGUGAGAGUGUUGCAGCGCAGAAGUGUUGCCGGACCAGGAACGUCCGCACCUGUGGAAGAUGAGGGACGCUCACAUUACAGAGCUGAGAUGUCUGGCUACAGCGGUUCUUUCAGAUCCGGGCGGGCGGCUGCUGGGAGCCGCCUCAACACACACAACAGCGAUGCUGCUGAGCAAUACAGGGGAGAUGAGUACAGCCGAGCGAGCGCGCAUGAUACCAGCAGCAAUGUGCCCUAUACAGAGCGUCGCGUGCAGGGCCGGCCGCCCAUGACUCAUGAACAGCUGGAGGCCACUCUGUACAACACCCACCUCUCUGGCCGCGGCCAGGCAGCGCAGCAACCACAGCAGCAGCCCAUGCAGAUGCGAGUGCCAUCCAUCGGCUAUGAUGGCAUUGCCCUGGGUGUGCCUGUCUACGUGCAAUCCCACCCUGGCACCGGGCCACCAAUGCCGCUGGAGCCCAUGGCAGCUGAGCGGCAUGCGCCCGCAGCAGCGCCGGCCGGGUGGGCAUACGACUCAGCCAUCAGCGGCUGGGGCGGCCAAUCCCUGCCAACACCCCAGAUUAUCACCGCCUCACCGCAGCCUGACCCUCCGCAAGAUCACCCAAGUGCUGAGGAGUUUGAGGCAGCAAGGGAGAAGGUCCGCUUGGGCUUCCAGGUCUACCGGCCGCCUCCCCAGCUGGGCCAGCCCUCCUCCCUGGAGCAGGAGCUGAAGAAAUCUGGCAAGUCAGAAGGGGAGCGACCUCGAGCAGUGCCUGUCCAGGCAGCUGACAAGAGCAGCAGGGCCCGUCAGCAGGUGCCUGAUCAUGCCUCGACUGCCUCCAAGCGGGCUCAGCACUCCAAUGCAGAAGCAGGAAGGAACUCGGCGCAAGCCAGUGGGACCAGCAAGACUCCUGGCAAGGACUCAAAAUCCACAAAUGGGGCGCCUGCGAAGCUCUCAAGGCGCGCGUCAUCUGCGGAGCCUGACAGCGUCAGCAGGGACGCAAAGGCAGAGAGCGCGCCCGGCAGGAGAAGCAGAACAGGAGCUACCGCAGAAGUGCAAAGACAUGACAGAGCUGCGCAGCGGUCGUCGCCCAGCAGAGCAGACAGGGACUCGCGCCGCAAAGAGGGGGCCGCGCACAAGCGCGCGCAGAGGGAAUCUGCAGAUGCCAGCGGAGGCUUGGAUAGGAGGAAGGGCAGCGGUGACAGGCGAGCGGUGGCGGUACAGACGGUGCCGGCAGCUUUGAAGGAAGUGCCUCCUGGUUUUGACUCUGGCAGUGCCUCCAGGCAAGAUGAGCAGCGCAGGCGGCCAGGCAUCGGCCUUAUCAGGUCACUGGUCGGCGCGCAGACAGCCGCAGUGCCACGGGCUGACAAGGAUCGAUCCCCGGCUCCGAAGGCGAAGCCGGCUGCGAAGUCUGACGCCCCCCCGGCAGAGACCACCCAAGCAAGGAAGCCAAUCAGGAGGGAGAAGAAGGGGCACCGCGCGGAUGCCAAUGGAUCCUCCCAGGAAAAUGCGCAGGCAGAUGCUCGAAUGCCAACCAAUGAUGCGCAGCCAGAAGCGCCGCACAGCCAGAGGCAAAGGAAAACCGCGCAGAAGGCAAAGGAGGGCAAGGGCGCUAUCAACGGUGCACAGAAGUCCAAGGAUGCUUCUUCCGGGGAGCUGAGUGGAGCGCCACCAGGCCUGGGCCCGGCUGAGGCAGGCUGCAGCGCAGCCGUUGAGAGAAAAAAUGCGGGAAAGGGCAGCGGCGGCCAGCUUGGCGCCUCUAGAGCUCUGAAGCAGGCUUUGGCGCCCGCUUACUUCGAGAAGCCGGCAAAGCAGCAACAGCCUCGAGAGUAG